AUGGGUUCCACCAAGAAGAAGAAAUCUUCCCGCGAGGAUUCUGCGAGCUUUGUUACUCCAUUAUUCUCAGAUCUCAAUGCAUCUCAAGCUCAGAACUCCCAAAAGAAUAGUGACGUGUCACUUGCUGCACCUCAUCUUUCGUGGAUGAAAGGAAACGAAAAGCCAGACACUUCAACAUCAGGCCUCAAUACUCAAAACUCGAACGAUACACAUGCAGACCCAUCGAUGGAAACUCCUGGCAAUAUAAGAAGCAAUAUACGAGACGCAAGUUAUGACAUCAAAGACGCCGGAACCGGCCACCACGACAAUCGUAUGGCCAAGCUCCCCCCCGGCCAGUUUCGUGAGCCUUCUUUGAGACGCGGAUAUGGUAUGCCAUAUCAAGAACCCAAAGCUUUUGACAGUAUGCCAGCCAAGGGCACAAGUCAGGUUAGAAGUCAUCACCCUCAGGUUCUGGAUUCUCUUCCGGAAAUACAGACACAGUCUUCGAUCUCAGAUCUACAACAAUCCUUUGCUAUUAGCCAGCGUUCCGUGCCAACCUGGAACAAAGAUGGGAAGAACCUUUAUGAUCUAAACUGGCCUCAAGCUAGACGAGGAGAUCUGCAACCAGCUGGUUAUCGCCCUGUAGCUAUGCGCCCUCCCGGUACUUCUGGGCGAGUGGCCGCCGACGAAAAGCAAGGCCAGUCAUCUGAUGAGAAACAGACACCAAAGAUCGUGAUAGAUCUAGGUUCUUAUCAAACGGCCGAACAGAAGGCACUUCUGAAGGCUUGCUUGGAGAACAAAGACUUGUAUCUUCAUUCCGAUGGAAUGUGGAAAGUCGUGAAAGGGUGUGUGGAAAAGUGGUGCGAACCACGAAGAUUCCAACUUGCGCAGGAUGAGCACGCGUCGUCGGACUCUGAGCUUAAUACACUCCUAGACAAAUGGAACAGCUUAUACGCGAAAAAGUUUUGCUCUGCAAACCGAAGCCCCCUGGAGGCAGCAGGAUGGAGAAAGGCUGCUGAGCAAAGUCAAAACGGUUCCCCUUCAGAUGGCACUCACAACUCUCAGGCCAGCCAUGAGAGCAAUUCCCAUAAUGAGAAAGUAGCAGAAAAUGUCGAUGUUGAAGGUUCUAUUUGGCCCACUGUUAAAGAAGAGCUGAUGGAGUUCGCAGAGUCCAGGAUUCUCCGCUGGGCCGAAGACAAACUUCAAGAAAGGCUACAGGCCCUUGAGUCUCUCACCCGGCCGCCCCUUUUGAAGGCCAACAGCUCUCCAGAGUCAUACCGGGUGUAUCUGAGGUAUCUCAUGAAUCGUACAGAGGCUGCGGGAAAGAAUUCUAAGGCGAUACGAAAUACUGAGGCUGUCAUGUCUAUGGCACUGGACCUUCUACCAGGUCUAGAGGAGCGCUUGCGGGACCAGCUCGAGGGUGUGGUUGAUAAGCAAGAAGAUCGUCCUGGGGCUGGUGUUAAACAUGAUCAGACUAAUGACACCGAUCAUGACAAGGCAAACGAUGAGUCUAAGAGUGCUCAUGAGAAUUCUGAAGAUGCUGAUCAUGGCACUGAUCACAAAGUUCAAGAAGUCCAAGAGGAGAACGAUCAUGACGAUGGAGUCCAGGCGAGACUUGAGUGUGACUCCGAAGAUGAUGAAGAUGGAGACGCAGAUAUAGAUGACUUUGAGGACUUUGAGGAGUUCUAUGCCGACGAAAGCGACGACGACACCUAUGAGGAUCCUGAUGAACCUAAUCGCAAAUACAGAGGAUCCAUCAUAGAUACAAUCGAGCCUCGUACCCCGAUCGUUACUCCGCGGGUCAUGAGCCAGCUCCGCCGCUACGAGCAGAGAUAUCGGGACAAGAUCAUAACCGCCAAAGUCGAGACCGAGACAGCGGCCGCUGUCCUUCGUUCUGUGGACGAAGAAGACCGACAAGUGGCCCCCAGAAAACGAAAAGCAUCGGAUUCAGUGGAACCUGCUCUUGCUAUCAGAAGCAAGUCCAUGGACCAAAGGCUGGCUGUUGUAGGCACUCCGACGCCUGCGGGCAGAAAAAGACAAAAGCUCAGUGAAGUCAACUACAGUCCAGCAUCGACAGCUUGUUCAUCUGAGCUUCUCCCAUCUCUUGAGGACAUUUUUAGCUCGAGCAUUGGCCGUGCAUCUUCGGCAACGACGCAGCCUCUCCCUAACUCCUCAAGCCCCGCAGUUCGGGCGAACAAGAAGAAGAGUGCCCGAAAGGACAGAAGCAGAGCCCAGAGUAAGGUUUCCCCUGAACUCGGGGAGCCCGCUACCGAUGAUACUGCAGCUCCCAAACCUGAAGAGAUGACAGGAAUGUCCCCUGGCCUCUUUGUGACCCCUGAUGUGGCACGACAGGCCAAUACCCCAUUUCAUUUUAAGAAAAGUGUCUCUCGUCGUCCUUCCCCAGAGGAAAGGUUUAGGGAAGAGACCGCCGAGUUUCAGGCCAUGACGCCUAGUGCUCGGGAGUCAAUGCUGUACACAGCGCUUCGGGAGAUGCGCCGACGACAAGGAUAG